AGGCAUCCGCUGCUUUCUACUUCCCUUUGAUAUCUUAGUUCCCUAGACUUAAAAAAUAUUUUGCCUCAGUGAUCAUUUCUCAACACUUCCUCAGCCCAGGAGCUUCAGAAGCCCCUACCAGGCCAGCUCUCCUCCUGCAGCAGCUCCCUCCACAAGACGAUGAAGGUCUCCGUGGCUGCCGUCUCCUUCCUCCUCCUCAUCAUCAUCACCGUCACCUUAGGGUCCAAGACUGAAUCCUUCUCACGAGGACCUCACUACCCUGCGGACUGCUGCUUCAGCUACAUUACCCGCACAAUCCCACGUAACCGGAUUACACAUUAUUAUGAGACCAGCAGCCAGUGCUCCAAGCCUGGAGUUGUCUUCAUCACCAAAAAGGGCCAUUCCAUCUGUGCCAAUCCCAGUGAUGCCUGGGUCCAGGACUACAUCAAGGUGCUGGAGGUGACCAGAAGAAGUGGGGGAGGGAACAGCUCAAAAUCUUAAAGAGAAGAAGCCAAGGCCCUCUCCCACUCCCAACUCAGCCCCAGCCACCUGCUGCGAGCUGCCCCGCCUUGAAUUAAAGACCAGACAUGCCCUUCUCUGCCCUCA